AUGGAUGAACAUUUGAUUGCCACCAUCAACAAAUUACAAGACGCGUUGGCGCCAUUGGGCGGCGGCUCCUCCUCUCCGGUCGAUUUGCCCCAAAUCACCGUUGUGGGCUCCCAAUCCAGUGGUAAGUCCUCUGUGUUGGAGAACAUUGUUGGAAGAGACUUCUUGCCCCGUGGUACCGGUAUCGUGACACGUAGACCCUUGGUCUUACAGCUCGUGAACAGAAGACCCGGCAUCAACAAGAACGACGACCUGCAAGUCAACAAGGUCAACGAUAAGGGCGAGGCCUCCGAGAACAACUUGGAGGAGUGGGGAGAGUUCUUGCAUUUGCCCGGAAAGCGUUUCUACAACUUCGAGGAGAUCCGCGAUGAGAUUGUGCGCGAUACCAAUGCCAAGACCGGCGAGAACUUGGGUAUUUCUCCAGUCCCUAUCAACCUUAGAAUCUACUCUCCACACGUCUUGACGUUGACCUUGGUGGACUUGCCCGGUUUGACGAAGGUGCCCGUGGGCGACCAGCCCAAGGAUAUCGAGAAGCAGAUCCGUGACAUGAUCUUGAAGUACAUCUCCAAGCCCAAUGCCAUUAUCUUAUCUGUCAACCCUUCCAACUCGGACUUGGCCAACUCGGACGGCUUGAAGUUGGCCCGCGAGGUCGACCCAGAGGGUGCUAGAACCAUUGGUGUUUUGACCAAGGUCGAUUUGAUGGAUGAAGGUACUGAUGUGGUUGACAUUCUCGCAGGUAGAGUGAUCCCCUUGAGAUUCGGCUACAUUCCGGUCAUCAACCGUGGUCAACGUGACAUCGAGUCCAAGAAAACCAUCAGAGAUGCUUUGCGCGACGAGGCAAACUUUUUCGAGAACCACCCCGCAUACAAGGCAAAGCCUCAGUUCUGUGGUACUCCAUACUUGGCCAAGAAAUUGAACACCAUCUUGUUGCACCACAUCAAAAGCACCUUGCCAGACAUCAAGAUGAGAAUCGAGGUUUCGCUAAAGAAAUACCAACAGGAGUUGAACAUCUUGGGCCCUCAGUUGGAAGAAAGCCCUACUUCGCUCGCAUUGAAUAUGAUCACCAACUUCUCGAAAGACUACAAUGAGAUCCUCAAUGGUGAGGCCAAAGAGUUGUCCUCGCAUGAAUUGAGCGGUGGUGCUCGUAUCUCUUUCGUGUUCCACGAAAUCUUCAAGAACGGUGUCAGUGCUAUUGACCCAUUUGACCAAAUCAAGGAUGCUGACAUCCGUACCAUUAUGCACAACACCUCCGGUUCUGCCCCAUCUUUAUUUGUGGGAACUCAAGCAUUCGAGGUUCUCGUGAAGCAGCAAAUCCACCGUUUAGAAGAACCAUCGUUGCGUUGUGUCAACUUGAUCUUCGAUGAGUUGGCCCGUAUUUUAUCUCAGAUCGUUUCUCAUCCACAAUAUGCUCGCUACCCAGCAUUGAAGGAGCGUUUGUCUCAGUGCUUCCUCCUGUUCUUGAGAACCGAGCUCGUUCCAACGAACGAGCUUGUCACAGACAUCAUUAAUGCCGAGGAAACUUACGUCAACACAGCCCACCCUGAAUUGUUGAAGGGUUCCCAAGCAAUGGCCAUGGUCGAAGAGAAGUUCCACCCAAAGCCACAGGUUGCUGUUGACCCUAAGACUGGUAAGCCAUUACCACCAUCCCAACAACCUGCUCCCGCACCUCCCGCCAACAAGGAGGAGGCCAACGGAUUCUUUGGUGGCUUCUUUUCCUCGAAGAACAAGAAAAGAUUGCAGCUGAUGGAAGCUCCACCACCAGUGUUGCGUGCUUCUGGAACCAUGAGUGAAAGAGAGCAGAUGGAGACGGAAGUUAUCAAGCUUUUGAUCUCUUCGUACUACAGCAUCGUUCAAAGAACUGUGUCUGACCUUGUUCCAAAGGCCAUCAUGUUGAAGUUGAUCACGCGGUCUAAGGAUGAAAUCCAAAAGGAGUUGUUGCAAAAGUUGUACAGUGCGCCUGAUUUGUCAGACUUGGUCAAGGAGAACGAAAACACCGUGCAAAAGAGACAGGAGUGUUUGAAGAUGGUCGAGGUGUUGCGUAAUGCUAGCGAAAUUGUUUCCAGUGUCUAA